AUGGCUGAUUACAUAACAUAUUUCGUGUUUAUUGCUGCAUUUACAACAAGUUUUCUCUUGGUAAUUCUUAUCUAUCGACACAUCCGAACAAUCAGUCGCGGAAUCACAUCAGUCGAACGUUUACUUCAUAAAGAUUAUGCUCGACAAUGUCUCGAACAGAAUCAUACAUUUGUUAAUCCUUACGAUUUUGGUGUAAUCGAAAAUUGGAAACGAUUUUUGAAUGUUUAUACAUUUGGUGAAUUUGUCCGACGUGUUCUUUUUCCAAGUACACACAAACCUCGAGGAAAUGGAAUCAUUUGGUCAGGUUGUAAUGAUCAAACGUAUUUACAAACCCAUCGAUCGGAUUCAAGAUUAUCAGUACAACCUCUUUCCUUUCCACCCGAAGCUUAUCGAUACAUUUCCGCAGCUUAUCCAAAUCGAAGAUAUUUAACAGAAAAGAAAACACAAUAA